GUUAUUAAUCUCAAUGAGGAUUAUCAUGUAGCUCCUACCAAUCAAGUAUCACACAAAACUAUUAAAAGAAACCGUGGUCGACCUAAAAAUAUUUUAGGAAAUACGUCCGCAAAAACUGAACUUGAAAAAAUAACCGUCACUCCAACUCCAUACACGAAUAUAUUGAGUGAGUUAUUGGAUCACACUGUUGACUGUCAACUACCAUUGACGGAACUUAAAAGAAAGCGUGGUCAACCUAAAAAGGUUCUAGGAAGUACGUCCACACAAACUGGUGUUGAUUUGAGUGAUCAAGUGCAACCUACAAAUCAAAAGAAAAAACCUGGUCGACCUAAAAAAAUGUUGGCGAGCACUUCUACACGAUCAGAGUACUGGGACAUGGGUGAUGCCAACAUCGAAUACAUGUACUGCGGAGUAAUGUUU